AUGCCGUUGAUCGAAUCAGACGCUGCUGUGGCAGAGACAUCAUCCACCGAUCUCCCUGAUCGCCUCCCUUUCCCUCCCACGACAUACUCCCAUAUCUUGCAUUGCUCUUAUCAUGACUGGCAUCCGCGGUACCGCACACUUGCCCCAAAGUCGCGCGUCAUUCCUUUGACUGCUCCUUUUGUUGAAUACCUCCGCGCCGACGGCAUUGUUCUUCCGCCCGAGGCCGUUGCCCCAACCGACGAUGAUAACCUGGACACAUUCUCCGAUUCGGGCGAGGAGGAGCACGAUCCAUCUACAGCAUGGCAAGAGAUUCACACUAGGAUCAAGGAUACCAUCUCUGAACUCGGUGGCAUCGUCACUCCGAAAUUAAACUGGAGUGCUCCCAAAGAUGCAACAUUCAUGGCCGCCACAAACGACACCCAAUGCCGUUCUCCGAAUGACAUCUACCUCCUCUUGAAAAGCAGUGACUUCAUCACCCAUGAUUUGGAUCAUCCCUUUGACGACUGCGUGCCGGAUACAACCAGCGACGAACCGACGCCAUCCACCGUUGACUCACCGCUGCCGGAUGUGCCGUAUUCUCUGGUACUCCGUAAAUAUGUCAACUUCAACCCUUCGCUCGAGUUCCGUUGUUUUGUGCGCAACCGUGUCCUGCUGUGCAUAACCCAGCGCGAUCAGAACCACUUCGACUUCCUCUUCCCCAUGCGUGAUAUGCUCCGGUCUCGGAUCCAGUCAUUCUUCGAUGACAAGCUCAAAGACACAUUCCCCGAAUCCAACUUUGUUUUCGACGUGUAUAUCCCCGCUCCGCACCAGCGCGUCUGGUUGAUUGAUAUCAACCCGUGGGCGCAGCGUACCGACCCUUUGCUGUACAGUUGGUUGGAGAUUCUCCGGAUGAAGGAUCCGAUUGGUGUGCAGGAGGAAGAAGACGAUGGAGCGGAAGAGUAUGUGAGAAUCUCACUUUCUGAUGGUAAGAUCAUCUCUACCGGUACGGCGGAGGAGCUCGAAAGAGAAGAUUAUUCGGGUUCUUCCGCCUCGGAAGAUGAGCACGAGGGCGCCGAAGGAGAUGAUGAACAGGCCCCCUUCCUCCCGGAAUUCCGUCUCAUCAAAAAAGAUGAUCCCGAAGCUUAUGCAUUCAGCUCCACUCAGUAUUCGGCUCACAAGGUGCCGAAGGAGCUGGUCGAUGCUUCGCUUCAGGGGCCUGGCGGCAUGAGUGAAUUCAUGGGCCAGUGGCAGGAUAUCUUAAAGAAGCAGGAGCAAGAGGACCAGGCUACUGGCAGUGACUCUGAAUAA